AUGUCUCAGACCGCCAAGUCCGCCUCCAGCCAGGGCACUGAUGCCAAGGACAAGGGAACCCCUGCCCCCGCUGCCUCCAGCAAGGCCACCAAGACCGGAGAGCCCGGCGUGGGAUCCUUCAGGCUGAUGAUGUUCGACCAGGAGAACUUCCAGGGCAGGAUGAUCGAGGUCCAGAAUGAGUGUAUGAACGUGUGUGACCGUGGCAUGGACAAAGUGCGUAGUAUCAUUGUGGAGUGCGGCCCCUUUGUUGCCUUUGAGCAGACUAACUUCCGUGGGGAGAUGUUCAUCCUGGAGAAGGGAGAGUAUCCUCGCUGGGAUACCUGGAGCAACUCCUACCGCAGCGACUGCCUCAUGUCCCUCAGGCCCAUCCGCAUGGACAGCCUGGAGCACAAGAUCUGCCUGUAUGAGCUCUCUGACUUCAAGGGCAACAAGAUGGAGAUCCAGGAGGAUGAUGUGCCAACCCUCUGGGCGCAUGGCUUCUGCGACAGAGUGGGCAGCGUGAGAGUGCCUGGAGGAUCUUGGGUGGGUUACCAGUACCCCGGAUACAGAGGCUACCAGUACCUGUUUGAGUGCGGUGACUACAGACACUACAACGACUUCUGCGCCUUCCAGCCCCAGAUCCAGUCCAUGCGUCGUAUCAGGGACAUGCAGUUCCACCAGAGAGGAUGCUUCACCUUCACCGCUGCUAGCAAGUGA